AUGCAAAAAAGGAUAUUGGCGUUUAAUGCAAAAUUAGAUAUGUCGCAACGGUUGAUGGAUGGCCACCUAAUUCGGGACAUAAUUGUAAAGGCUGCCAGCGAGGCUAUAGAAGAAGUUUACCAUGGCCAAGCUAUUGGUCCAGUUACAUUUCAAACAAAAUAUCAACCACAUCUUCUAUGGACACUUGAACAUGUUUCUUUGAAAUGGAGCAAGAAAAGGAAAAACAGGUUCUUUCCGGCAUAUGAUCUUCACUCAUCCGGAGGUCUUCAUCAAUGUUCCCUGGUGCCCUACAAGAACUUCCAAAACACUUUUCAUUUCUCAAUUCACCAUUGAUGAUCCGGUUGUCGUUGAUACCGUAAAGCCAUGCUCCAAACAAACCAUGGAGAUUAUCAUAAACUAGUUUUCUUGAAAUUUUGGAUGCAGGUUUCUCACUUAUUUAUAUAGCCAGUUCAGAGAAGGUCUCUCGGUAAGUUUCCAGCCUUGUAUACGUGUGUAUAAAUGACUAGAUAUUGUUGUUAAAGUGCCAAUUUAUACAUCAACAUUUUAGUGCUUAUGAAGCUGAAACAUCUAAAAUUUUGGAUGUCGGUUUCCCACUGCAAAAGAACGAUGUAUUCCCUGUUGUUUGGAUGUUUCUUUUGAACACUUAAUACUUAGAUCUGAGUAUUUGUAAAUACACUAUAAU